GUGCUGCCCACCACCAACCAGUCAGUGCAGACGUGCUGCCUGCUCUGUCACCGGGAGCGCAAGGACUGGGGAGGGCCGUCCGUCUCGUUAUCCCACACAUCCUGCAAGUCUCAGUCUUGUGGGGGUGGCUCCCAAUCCUCUUCCUCCUCCUCCUCCUCUUCUUCCUCCUCGUGCCACGGGAACUCAGGGGACUGGGACCCCAGCUCUUUCUUGUCUGCUCACAAGCUCUCGGGCCUCUGGAACUCACAGCACACCAAUGGGGCCACCCAGGGCAGCCCCCUCGGUCCCCCCCCUGCUGCACUAGGUGACAAGCACCCCGGCCUCGCUCUCUCUCCCGAGUGUGCCAGCCAGGCGCCUGCCGUGGUGCCGGGGCUCAAGGCCUGUCCCUACAGCCACGCAGCCUCCCCCGCGGCCAGCAGCGCCGCCCCGGGCUCAUCUCUGCCUACCUCACUCGACUUCUGCAAGACGCUGCCGAAGCAGUUCAAAAGCAUGUGCCGGAGGGCCACCCCGCCAGGUGAGGCCUUCCACUCCUCAGAGCAUCAUCAGCACUCAGACCUCACUGCUCCUCCCAACAGUCCCACCGGCCUCCCCUCCCAGCCGCCAGCACUGAUCCCCUCCAAGCAGACACCUGCCCACCCGGGGCCCUUUGGCUCCCCGCCCCACGUCCCGCUGGGCACGUCCCCGCAGGCUGCGCUCUUCCCUGCACCCAGCGCGCAGGCAGCAGCCCCGAAGCCAGUGCCUGAGUCCCCUCCUGCUGGCACGGUCUCGCACAGCCCGGGGUCGUGUAAGAGCCCUCACCUGCCCCCUGCCAACGUGCCGCUGCUGAAGAUGCCGCCUCCGCUGUCGGGCUGCGCUCAUCCCUGCAACGGGCAUUGCAGUACUUCACUCAUCCCUCCUCCUGCCUCCCACCAGCUAACCAGCACAAACAGGGACCCCUCUUGCAAAGGGCACAAAUUCCCAAACGGUACCAGCUGCCACCCGCCGCAGCCGUGCGAGGCAGACGAGGGGCUCGGUGAGGAUGAGGACAGCAGCUCGGAACGCAGUUCUUGCACCUCCUCCUCCACCAACCAGAAAGAUGGGAAGUUCUGCGACUGCUGCUACUGUGAGUUCUUCGGCCACAACGCGAGUGCCAAGGCGGCUAAGCGGGCGCGGCACAAGCAGAAGAAGAAGGAGAAGGAGAAAGCCCAGCUGGAGGCGGAGGCCCAGAAGCGGGCAGAGCGUGCUCCGGCAGCCAGCCAGGCCCGGGGGCCAGCCGAGGAGAAGCUG